AUGCUCCCUCUCCAUCCCCCCUCUCCAUGCUCCCUCUCCAUCCCCCCUCUCCAUGCUCCCUCUCCAACUCCCUUCCUCUUUCCAGCCAUGGUGCACUACAGUGACAAGCAAGUAAUUCUCAAUGACAUUGUCCACACUCUCGAGCUCUCUAUACCUGCGGAGGUCAUCCAAAACACUGACAGAGUGCAGCACUCCUGCAGCACUGACAUUGACAACUUGGAUGACGAUGGUGACCCAAUUCUGCUCUCACGACACCUUGUCUGCUUGUACACUUUCAUAUGCAAGCAAAGGUACACAAUCACACGUUGCACUCCUCUUGGCUGCACCGAUAAGCUUAUCCACCUUCUCAACAGCAGCUCAGGUGUGAUGUCUCUCAACAAAGUGCAAGAGAUUCUUUCAGUGGCUCUGUACAGACUUGGCCAUUCUGGAAAUGGAGGUGGUGAAUGUGAUGCUGCUUUGCAAUGUGGUUGCAGUGUUGGGAGCAUUGUUGGAUACACCAAUUGCACAGUUGCUGGCCUCCUUGAGCUAAACAAUGAGGUCAUGCAGUUUGCUUCAGAGGGAGAGAGACAACAUGCUUCUGCCUGGGUGCGCAAUACAACUGGGGUUGAAGAGUGGGGUAAGGGCUGGCUUGUGGUGGAUGGCACACACAUCCCUCUUGCCUGGAAGCCAGGAGUGCUCAGUCGAGAGCACUUCUGCUACAAAGGCUUCCACAGCAUCAAUGUAGUGCUGGUGAUCCUGCCACACUCACUGCAGAUUGUCGAAUCAGUUGUUGGACAGCCUGGCAGUGUUCAGGAUUCGAAGGUUUGGGCCUCAGGCAGCAACAUCCUGAAGAAGCCUUGCCUGUACCUUGAUGAAGGCUAUUGUGGUAACAUCUACCAUUUCAAGGACUGCAUCACUGCUGCCGAGACGAUCCAAGCCUGCAUUGUUGCCCACACCUUUGCAAGUCAAUAUGACCAUCCUGCUGAUAUUGCCGACCUGCUGUUGCCCUCUUUCUCUGAGGAUGAGGUGCUGUUCAGAUCCACUGGGUGCAAUGAGGAAGACACUACUGCAUUGUCUCAACGUCAUGAGAGGACUACUGUGGACUACAUUGCCAUGACUCAAAGCACAUCAGCUCAGAGACAGGAGCAAGUCUUGACACAACCAUUCUCGAUCUGA